AUGUCCGAUAAUAAACACAACGCUCCUCCCCCUUCCUACCCACCUGCAACCUACCAGGACGCAGGGCCCUAUCCCCCGCCACCAGCUCCGUAUGCUCCGUCCCCAUCCAACACCGCUGCACAAUACUACAACCAGCCCCAACAGUACGGACAACAACAACCACCACCAGGACAAUAUUACCCUCCGCAGCAAGGCUAUCAGCAACAACCCAUGUACUAUGGACCCCAGUGUGGACCGCCGCCACAGGGGCAUUAUGUCGACAACAGAGACACUACUCGUGGAGCGGGAACUAGUAUUUGCGCCGGUCUAUUAGCUGGUCUAGCAUGCUGCUGCUGCUUGGAUUUCCUCUUCUAA